AUGAAUCUCACGGGGUCAGGUUCGCCGUUAGCGCAGGCGGACCGUCUCCGCAGCCCCGGACUCGCUACUGGCGAGCUGGGCAUCCUGCGCUCGACCAUCCUCCCCUCGUUCGCGCUGCACACGACCCUUGACCUGGCGGCGUGGGCGGCGUCGCGCGCGACCGACAAAGCCGAGCUCAAGGAUUGGAACUGGCCAGCCAGCCAGGUGAUCAACGCCUGGUGGAGCGCCGUGGGCCACCAAGUCUUCUAUAAUAACGUCUCCCCGCAAACCGCCUGGCGCGCCCUCUCCUGGACCGACAAGACCCUCCUCUCGCUCGUGACCGCCUGGGGCACGCGGCUGUUCGCGCGCAUCGCCUCGCGCACCCUGCGCCGCGGCGCCGACGACGCCCGCUACGUGCAGCUCAAGAAGCAGAAGCCCGUCGGCUUCUGGAAGGAGAUGCUCUGGAAGCAGUACCUGCCGGAGGCCGCGUUGCUGACGCUGAUCAGCUUGCCCUUCACCCUGCCCUUCCGGCUGACGAGCCCCAGCGUCGCGUUGGACACGGACGUGCAGGCCGCGCUGCGCGCCUUCGGCGUGGGGCUGUUCGGCGCCGGGUUCGCGCUCGAGGUCCUGGCCGACGAGCAGAUGGAGGCGCACCGCGCCGAGAGGACGGAUCUGUGCCGCACUGGCGUGUGGAGUAUCGUUAGACAUCCCAACUACCUCGGCGACACCCUCGUGCACCUGGGCUUCGCCUUCAUCAACUGUGCCACCAACUUCAACCCGCUCGUCAUCCUGGGCCCCCUGACCAACUACGUCUUCCUGCGCUUCAUCGGCGGCGACAAGAUGACCGAGGCCAGCCAGGAGGAGCGCUACAAGACCGAGGACCUGCACAAGUACGACCAGCUUCAGGAGUGGAAGAGCAAGAAGAACAGCUUCUGGCCCGGGUUCAAGGAGAUCGUCAACCCGUGGACGUGGGCGGUCGUCGGCUUCGGGGUUGUGGGUGUUGUGGUCGAGGAGGGCCUUCGUGGCUUGCUCACUAAAUAG